CACACCACAUCCAUCGACUUGACAUUGGCCUGCUCAAGAUGCCACCACGAGCUGCCAAAGUCAAAACUUCUGCAUACGGGAACAGGAUUCUCGAAUCUGUCCCUGCACCCCUAGGUCUUUGUCAUCCAUAUGAAAUAACACUGACGAUCUCAUGAAUAAUUUACUCACUCCCGUACAGAUCCUGACUCAGAUCCAGAAUUUAACCCUGGAACCUUCAUCUAUGAGACUAAGAAACGCGGAAAGCGCAAAGUAACGGCUGCUGAGGAUGCGUCCCCACCCGUCCCCCGCGGCAAGUCACGGAAAAGACGAAGCGAGGUUCUUGGCAAUUUUCAAUCGUCAUCCAGAAGUCAGAAGCGCCGACCAAUGGAUCCAGAGGCGUCUCGACGCCAUAACCCACUCAAGGAGUACUUUGACGAUGACCUUGGACUGCAGUCUGCGUCUGAUGACGGCGAAGUGGAUGAAAAAGAUUGUGAAGACGACGACUCGGCAGAAGAGUAUGCGUCUGAACCUGAUCAACCGGUAAUACUCAGAACCAUAACUGCGUUCAUGAAAGCAUCGAAAGAGCACAUUCCUGUUACACAGCCAAGUCAUUCACACACUCCGGUUGAUGAUGAUUCUGUUACUGAACCUGAGUCUGAGCCAGAAGUUGCUCAGGUUUCGACGAAGCGGAAGUCGCCUGCAUCGAAACAGAUUAUGCCAAUUUCUAAGCGGAGAAAAACGCCUUGUCCAGACGACGAAUCAGAAACUGAACCAGAGUCCGACAUAGAUUUACCUACAGUUUCGAAAUUUUCAAAACAGCUCUUGCCUAAUACCACGAAACUUCUCGAAUCCGACUCCGAAACGGAGCCUGAAGACGAGGACGAAAUAGAAACAUGCCCUGAUCCAAAUCUCCAUCCAAAACCCGGCUUCCCGCUUGCUCCCGGCCAGAGUUCUCUCGGACCUAUGAUGUUGGAUAGAGCCGAGGGUAUCAGAGUGCCCGCAUCAAUCAAUACCUAUCUGAGAGAAUAUCAGAGGGAAGGCGUCGGUUUUUUCUGGGAUCUAUAUAAACAAGGUCGCGGUGGUUUGCUGGGUGAUGAUAUGGGUCUCGGUAAAACUAUCCAAGUGAUAUCGUUUCUCUCAGCAAUUAUGAAGAAGCACGGAGACGAACGCGAUAUCAACAGGCGUCGAGAUCAUGUGUCUAAUCUCCAAGAUGGACUGGAGUGGAGAAAAUACCGCACUUUGCCACCGGCAAACAAAACUUGGCCCACAUGUCUUAUCAUCGCCCCUACAUCUGUUGUGCCAAACUGGGAGCGCGAAUUUCAGACGUGGGGGUAUUUUGAAGUCGGAUCUUAUACUGGUUCGAAGAAUGAGCGGGAUGAUGUUCUUACCGACUUCAAAAUGGGCAGGCUCGAUGUUGUGCUUACUACAUUUGACCUUGCCCGCCGCGACAUUGCGCAAUUGGACGACCUCGCUUGGUCUGCUAUCUUCGUCGACGAAGCGCACAGGGUAAAAAAUCCAAAGUCGAUGAUUACCCUUGCAUAUAAUCAAUUCGCAUGUCUUUGCCGCUUUGGUCUGACAGGCACAACUAUUCAAAACAGCUACAUGGAAGCAUGGACCAUACUCGACUGGACCAAUCCUGGCCGGCUGGGAACAAGCAAGCAAUGGAAAGGUUACGUUGUGAAGCCAUUAACGAUAGGACAAUCCACUAGUGCCACUGAAGAGGAGAGAACAAAGGCUUUGGCAGUCGCCAUUACAGUCAGAGACAAAGUACUACCCCAGUUCUUCAAAAGGAGAACGAAGGACAUCAUUAAGGACCAAUUACCCACGAAAACCGAUGAAGUAGUCUUUUGUCCACUGACACCUGUACAGGUUGCCGUUUACAAACGCAUCCUGAACAUGACUCCCGUACAGAAUCUCGUCAGAAAAGACGAAAACUGUGAUUGCGGAUCAGGGGAAAAACGCAAAGACUGCUGCCACCCUAUUGAGAAGGGGGGCGUCCUCAAGUAUAUGUCAAUACUCAUCAAGAUCUCAAAUCAUUUAGCGUUAAUACUUCCAGCCCCGAACGAUAGCCCAGAGCAAACUCUACGUAAUCGGGAGCUCGCUGAAGUAGCCUUCCCGGGCCAGACUAUACCAAAGUAUGGGACAGCCAUGCUACUGCCACAGUACUGCGGGAAGUGGGUCGUACUCGAUACUCUACUUAGAGAAUGGAGAAAAGAACGCACGAACAAGGUCCUUAUAUUUACUAAAUCUGUCAAGCUUCUCGAUAUGUUGGAAUUUCAUCUCAACACCAAUAGUUAUGGCUUCCUCAAACUGGAUGGAUCCACGAAGCAGAGUGAUAGGAUGCCUAUGAUAGAUAGAUUUCACCAAGACUCGGACAUUUUCAUAUUUCUCAUAUCUACUCUUGCUGGAGGAACUGGUCUUAACCUGACUGGAGCGAACAAAGUGGUCAUUUUCGAUCCCAACUGGAAUCCCGCCCACGACCUGCAAGCUAUGGACAGGGCGUAUCGCUUUGGGCAGACACGCGACGUUUUCGUUUACCGCCUCCUCGGAGCCGGCUCAAUUGAAGAGUUGAUUUAUGCAAGGCAGUUGUACAAGCAACAACAGAUGGCCAUUGGGUAUGAGGCAAGUGUGCAAACAAGGUAUUUCUCCGGCGUUCAAGGGGACACUUCCAGACAAGGAGAAUUGUUUGGAAUCAAGAACAUUUUUAAGCUGCAUGAGGAUACUCUGGCGACCAAGAUGGCUAUCGAGAAAGCGACGAUCAUGGAGCUAGACUGGGCUCUUGCUCAUCUCAGCUCCUCGAAGUCGAAGAAAUCAGCAAAAUCUAAGGCCGAUGAGUGGGUGUAUGAGGCAGAUUCUAAGAGCGGAAAGGAGGAGGCCGACUUACGGGGGCUGAGUGCACUUCUCUUUGACGAUGAACCUCCGGAGGUUACAGAUGGUAAUGAUAUCCACAAGACACUUAGCGCAAUAGGCGUUAAGUAUAGCCAUCGCAACGACGACGUGCUAUUACCAAGUCGUAUAGAAGAGGAACGUUCUCGGACCGCACUUAAGGAAGCGAAGAUAAAAAGAGCAGCUGCCAAGAAACUGGAAUCCGAGCGAAACCAAAGCACCCCUCAGAAGUCGAAACCCCCCGAACCACAAUGGCCGCCUCGACGGAAGCACCAUAAAGCGCCUCUGUCUCCGCGAUUAAAAUUGGCCUCACGACAAAUGGCGCUGAUCGAACUAAGCAUGAUCAAUAGCCCAGCCGACCUACCUGUUUUCGCUCAGUCUUUUGCUCGCAAGUCAAGUGAAGAGCAGAAUGAGAUACUUGUGAGACUGGACGAACAUGUCCGCGGCUGUUCUUGAAUUUUGCUGGCUUACGAUCCAAAGUUAAGAUUUCUUGGACUGCCACAGAUGCGUUGGGAUUGUUAGUCAUUGGUUCACAAAUAGGAUGUGAACCUGUUAGUACCAGUAGUAGGAUCAAUCGAUUGUUGUAUGCACGCCGAGAACUAGCAACUCGUUUCAGAAUCCGGGCUCCAGGUUUCGAGACUUUUAUGCCGACCAGUGACAUGUAAAGCCGUAUAAAACAUCAAUUAAACAGGAACAGAUCACCCAUACUGUAGCUCUAC